ACUCGGUAGCUACUCCAGAUCUUUAAGAUAAAGACAUGGGUGGGUGGCGAUCUACUUACCCGUAAGCUUCUUUUCUCUCUUCAAGCCUUAGUCUGUGCUUUGCCAUAUCUCUCUCCAAUAUGCAGCCAGAGAAGAGCCUUGCCACCGGGGCCGAGCCAAAGCCCGUAGAAGAUGAGCCUGUUGACACCGACCCACGGCCGGGUCGGCCAUCCACCGCACAUUCGAAUAGGUCGUCACGUAUGAGAAGACACUCAGAGGCGAGCGUGCGGUCCGAGUCUUGCACUCGUGCUCCCAUAUCAUGCGUCUCCCGGGGAAGCAUAUCUGGAGACGAUUGUGCCCGACAGAGAUUCAUCGUAUGGGCUGCUGUGAAGCGAAAUAGAUCUACCCGCAUGGCAGUUAGCGAGCGGCUGCGCUGUCCCCUUCUACGUUGUGGUCAACAUUUCGAGUGUCAUGAAGAGAUGUUAAGGCAUCUAGCAGAUUGCCAACACCUUGCGACAGGUGAAUAUGUCUGCUAUGACUGCAUGAAAGUCGAGCGCUUCAACGAUAAGAAAUGCACGUGCUGCUUCGGACAGCCCACGAAAAGAAGACGUAUCAUCAACAUGGCUAAGAAUUUUUUCUCGAACAUCGGCAGCGCUAAAGGACGGUGGGAGAGUCUUAAUCCAUCUACUAAUAUACCUCAGUCCUCUCGUCCUGUCCAUGAAGCUCUCGUCAGAGAUACUCAAGGCCAGUUCAGUCAAGCGCAGAUGGGAGAGUCAAUACCACAAGAAGAAAGUGUCACAGCCAGUGAGCAGUUGGCAUCUGAGCAACCCCAGCUUGAGUUGAAUGGCGCUGAACUACUUGAGUUGGACUCGACACCAGUACUACCCACGGCGGAGCUCGAUGCCGUUACCUGCAACACACUUCGCAGCGGCAUGUUAGAUUCGUUGGAUUCGUAUGCUGAGACGCGAUCGACGCCACUAUCUCCAAUACCUAACCUUGUGCCGAAACCUCUAGGGUCACAAGGUGUUUCUACAAUGCUUCGAAUACAAACAGGAACUUCGGGCAACGGACGACGACCAUCAUUAGCUCUCAACACUCAAGUUGACCACUUCAGAACCAAACCGCGUACAACGUACUUAUCUCCAAGCUCGCCACUUCGAACUAGUUCUAAUGGUAUAUCUCCGGUAACCCCUUGGAGCACGAUUUCAAAGUCUUCGGCUAUAUGGUCCGCGGACUCCGGUCGAGAAAAUAUGUUAGCUUCGCCAAUAACACCGCUCAGCGCUAACCCACAGCCGACAAUACUGCAAGAAGGCCGCAUGUUCAGGACCGAAAAGGAUAUGGAUAUGCUUGCCUGUUCAGAAGACCCUUGUUGUUAUACACAGGGAAAUGGUCCGGAAUUGCCGGGGAAUAGUCAGCUUUCCUCCUCCAUACCCCGACUAUUAUCAGAUCCUCUCUUGUUUCCAUAUGGUCCGAAUGAUAGUCAUUCGUGGUUCUCCUCCAUGAAUACGGAAAUAUCGCUCAGCACUUCUGUCAACAUGAUGUUCACGGAUCAGGACGCUAAGCCAACCAUAUCUCGAGACUUUAUAGGACCCCAGAUCUCGGGUUCAGAAGCCAAGGCGCUUGUCGAACAGGUGUGGCUUGCUCUAGGCCAACACUUCUCUAACUCAAUAUCAGAGCUUAGUAGACUUCAGCAUAAUCCACUUGCCGACAACUUCAGAGUAUAUACCCCUAGAGCAGUAGCUUCUGAGGGCCUCGCAAGAUUCAGGAAGACAUUGAGCCACCAGUAUUCUGCCCACCCAGACCCUCUUGAAUAUCUCUGUUUUGUUCAUCUAAUCUAUGCCAUAUCAUUGAUCACGUACGAAGAAAGUCUUCUCGCACGAUCAAAUAAGCUUUAUGAGCAAGCUAUAGCUUACAGUUCACUAUUUGAUGGGCCUCAGCGUGAUAAUUACCUACAGAUUGUGACCACUAUUUGGCACCAAAAUUCUCCAGAAUCAUCAUCACGAGGGCAAAUUCGAGAUUCUACGAAUAGAACCACAGUAGACAAGGGUAAAGAACCAGAUUACCAAACUAGGUCGAUACCUGUUGCGAAUCCUGAUCCCCUAGUGAUCACGGGUCAAAACUUCUUGGAUGAACUGGAGAGGAUCAUGGUAAAUGGCAACAUCCAGCAACCUCUCGAAGUCCUUAGCUCAGAGCUUUGGUCAUCUCAUCUUACAUCGAAUCAGCCUAACUUACAGGGGCCCAAUCCUCUGACCAUCGCAUCCACAUUCCUUGUUCAAGAUUUGUGCCGCAGGUACCAUGACGCUGAAGACUUCCUACCGAAAUUAACAGCGAUUGGACACAAUGCUCGGGCAGGGUAUUAUGUCACAAUUCGCAAGCUUGAACUUGACCUCAUACAAACAGGAAAGGACUAUUUUACAUCAAACGACUCCCUGGACCAGUUUACCUUUCAAGUUCGGCAUUCAUGUGAUCAAAUAUAUUCUCAAUCUGGAACUCGGUCGCGAUCAGAGUAUCAUCUGCUCGGUAUAUCUCUUGUUGAUAGUCUGGUUCGAAGUGUUGCUCGUGAGCCUCAGCAGCCUCAACAAGGACAGCCGGAAUACCCAAUUAUGUCGUAUCCAUACGAGGACGAGUUCUUACGAGAGUUCAAGACGUUUGAUUGGAACUACUCAAUGAUACCUACAACACAGCAGCCGGGAGGAGUGGCAGAUUAUACUCCACUGGAUCUAAGCACACUUCAUUCUGUUACUGCAGACACAAGCCAUCUACCCAUGAGGAGUGACGCCUCCGAGACCCCUAGCGACACUUAUACAGUCUCUUCAGCCCCGUUAUCGGAUGCACCACCAGACAUUCCCACCCCUAAGACUUUUAGACCAACACCACCCGCAAUGGCUCAGGGCGAGGGCAGCGAGACCUUACGCCAUUCUACACUGGCCUCAUCUGGGCAAAAGGUAGAGGCAAAUGAGCGCUGCGAGAUUUGUGGUUAUAGGCCGAAAGGGGAUCCCCAGUGGUUUAAAGGAAGCAUGGCGAAACACAAAAAAAUGCAGCAUUCGACCAAUCCCCCCAUUAUCUACAAGUGCCCAUUCCCGGGCUGUAAUUCAGAAUACAAAAACCGACGGGACAACUUACGGCAGCACCAAAUCGAAAAGAAUCACUUUGUUGGCGACGAACGGCAGAUUCGCAGAAAAAGGAAAGAACGCUCCUAGACGGCGGUAACUCGCGUGUGUACACAGUUUUCGACUUGAGUGUAUUUUUCUACAACGACGUGCAGGUUCAGCGUCGCUCCUAAGAUUUAAUUUGUUUUUUGCCUCCUAGCGAGACCUAAUCUCUAGACUAUCGCACCUGCAUCUAGCUUUGCGAAUUUCUACCUCGGCUACAGAAAAUGGGAGUUUCUUCUCGCCCAGGCUAUAUCUCCAUUCACCGCCUCCAAUUAUGAUUUGCAGGUGUCAUUGCAUAGAGGGACGGUACAGUAGAAGGCACUUAGAGAUAUCUUCAGAAUAGACGUGGGUGGGUGUGGCGGAGUACAGGCUGGGCGCACUUAACGACGAGACAACGACUGGUAGCUAGGACCGACUC